AUGGCUUACGGAGCGGGAGUUCCUGGCCUCAACAAGGCAUUGAGGGAGGAAGACCUGGAGAAGAGCCGCAACAUUUACAACCGACUUCCGGACGAUUCGCAACAGCCCGAGAUCCGCGAGUCACACAUACACGACCUCGCCACGCUCUUCGUCCGGAACCGCGCCGACAGAGUUUUCGGCAUACACCUGGCUCACGCACACUUCGCUGUCCCCGAUAAAACAGUUCUGCUUGGAGUCAAUCACGAGACGCCUCGCUGCCGCUGGGCCAACGCCACUGCGUUCCAGGCGAUAGACCUCAACAACGUGCAUGGGCAUAUAUUUGUUCUCACCGACCACGGCUUCCACCCAUACGAGUAUCAGGCAAGGCCCAUGCCAGAUCUCUCACAAGUCGAUGACCACUUCCUCGCCGAGCUUGCCGGUUUUCUGAACGCACACAACUUAACAACACUUGUCGGACUGCAAGUCAUCGAUCCAUAUCCCGGCCACAUGUUUGAGCUCGUACUCCCGCAGGGAACUAUCAUGCUAGAUGCUUCGAGCGUGGAUGGGUGCGUCCCAACAAGGCAGACGGGCUGGAAGUUUGAAGUUGAGAAUGGGGAGCCGCACGUAUGUAAGUCAAAUGAGACGCAUGCUCGACAUGCCAACGGGCAUGACGUUUUCAACGCAGGCGCACCUCAUCCAAAGCUUGAAGCUUUUGAGGAUGUCAAACACGCGCUUGAACAGCAGAGAAUUCUCCGUUUGUGUGGUGUAGUGUAG